GCCUUCACCUUCAAAGACGUUUUUAAUCUAAUUUCUGUGAAUCAUGAUUCCCCAAUUCCGUGUUUUGCAAAACAGACUGACAGGAUGUCGAGCACUAAUGAGCAAUCAGACAGAAACGCUUCAGUACACGCAGCUCUGUCAGCGAAGGUAUUAUCAUAUCUUAAAGUUAGUUCGUUUUUUUUGUUUUUAAUUUAGUUAAGGAAAAUGGUUUGAAAUAUUGUUCAAUUAUUCAACCCUCUUGUUAAAAUUCAAUCAAUGAACGCGGUCGAGAGGCCGCGGAGAAAGCCAAGAUGAAUUGCUCUCAUAUCUCGGGAUUGAUCAACUGUACAAGAGACAAACACACGCACGCAGUGCGCACACAUACUUGGCGUACGUGAUGUACCAGAUCAAAACGAAUCUGCAUACAUCCACGCCAGAUACGGGGUUCAUCGACGGUGCGUCGGCCUGCGCCGCGUUGUUUUGCCCUCUCAGCUGGAACCACAGCAAAUGUAAAGGAUAAAGAGCCACCGUCGGCUUUGUUAUCUGCAGAUGCACAGGAGCAACUGUGUGUGUCGACGCACAACUGUGCCUUAACAAAAGCAAACACUUGCUGAUGCGCCCUAAUGCCGAGAUAGUUUAUCCGUGUGUACGUGUGUGUCCCGGUGCAGGGCUUUGGUGAUUAUGAGUGCAUGCAGAUCUGGUUGAUAAGGCUUUUUGAUCUCUGGAGGGAGGCAAGCCGUAUUUGCAUCUGACAUUAAAGACGGGACUGAGAAUGGCGGCUUUCUACAAAGCUGACAGAAGGAGAAGCCCAUGCAUAAUGCACCUGUGUGGACAGAGAGGAGCCGAGCGCUGGGGCUCUACCACCUGCUUGCUCUUCUAGGCUGCAUCAUCGCCGCUUCCUCUGUCAUCUCCCUGACAGCAGCAAUGAGUCGGGAGAGACUCUGAGGGGAAAGAGAAGAGGUGGAAAUGGCAGAGAUUACACUUCUUCCUUUUUGAAUAUGCAAUCGUUUCUGGGAACCACUGUGACUGAGCAACAUUGCUGAGCAGCGGAGAGAGCGUGAGGGAUUUCUUGUAUCUGUGUGGGAGAGAUCAAGAUGAGAAAUAAAGAACACACACACACACACACACACCAAAAAAAAAAAGAUGGAUUUAGAAAGAGAGAAGGUGGGAGAAGGCAAGUGUGCAGCCUUUGAGGCAUUCCAUCAUCCACCAAACUCCUGCAGCUCUCCUCUUCCCUCCUCCUCCUGUGGAAAGAGAAAAAGAGCGCAACAGAGAGAGAGGAAGAGCUAGGGAGGGGGGACAGAAACAGAGAAAAGGAGGGAGAGAAAGAGAGAGAGAGAGAGAGAGAGAGUCACGCUUACAAGCCAGUGGAGAAGGGACGUCAAGAGGAGGAUCUACAAAGAGAGAGAGAGAGAGAAAAAAAAUCCUUCUCUCUCUUCUGCUGCCUCUCUUCGUGCAUCCUACGGACAGUGAGGAGCGGAGAGGGGAGAGCGGAGAAUCCAGCUGGCGUAUUUUUCUACCCUGUGAUUUCAGCGGCUUUAUCACAGUGCGUGGAGCACGGGGGGAGAGCUGCUGAGAGCUCGAGCGGUGACAUCGUUCCGCAGCCGAAGAAGAAGAGUGCAGCACAGGAGCAGGGAUGCUUAACAAUCUGACCGACACAGAGGAGGGGGACGGGGGAGCGCAGAGCCAGGGCGACAGUAACCCCAAGGAGAGCAGCCCCUUCAUCAACAGCAGCGAUGCAGCUGCGGAGAAGAGUCAGCAGUAUGACGGCAAGCACAUGGCCCUGUUUGAGGAGGAGAUGGACACCAGUCCCAUGGUCUCGUCUCUCCUCAGCAGCCUGGCCAACUACUCCAAUCUGCCUCAAGGUAGCAAGGAGCAUGAGGAGGCGGAGAACAACGAGGCGGAGACAACGCGCAAGAAACCUGUCAAGGCCCCGCAGCUGGGCACUCUGAUGGGCGUCUACCUGCCGUGCAUCCAGAACAUCUUUGGCGUGAUUCUGUUCCUCAGAAUGACCUGGUUGGUGGGAAUCGGCGGCGUCAUUGGCACCUUCAUCAUCGUCUUCAUGUGCUGCACCACAACCAUGCUGACUGCCAUUUCAAUGAGUGCCAUUGCCACCAAUGGAGUAGUGCCAGCUGGAGGCUCCUACUACAUGAUAUCCCGUUCACUGGGCCCAGAGUUUGGAGGAGCGGUGGGAAUCUGUUUCUACCUGGGGACCACCUACGCUGGAGCCAUGUACAUCCUGGGGGCCAUCGAGCUCCUCCUGAUCUACAUAGCUCCCAAAGCGGCCAUCUUUCCCCUGGAGGGACUGGAAGGCGCAGAAGCGGAAGCUGCCCUCCUGAACAACAUGCGUGUUUACGGGACCAUCCUGUUGACGUCCAUGGCCACCGUGGUGUUCGUUGGUGUGAAGUACGUCAACAAGUUGGCGCUGGUGUUUCUGGCCUGUGUGAUUCUGUCCAUCCUGGCAGUCUACGCCGGGGUCAUCAAGACCGGCAUCGAUCCUCCAGAAUUCCCUGUGUGCAUCCUGGGGAAUCGUACCUUGGUGUGGAAGUCCUUCGAUGUUUGUGCCAAAACCAUUGAGACGGCCAAUGGGACGGUGACCACCCAGCUGUGGCGUAUGUUCUGCGAUUCACCGUUCCUCAAUGCUACCUGUGACAGGUACUUCUCCGACAACAACGUGACCCAGAUCCAGGGAAUCCCCGGAGUCACCAGUGGAAUCCUAGCAGAGAACCUGUUCGGAAACUACUACGAGAAGGGAGACUUGAUUGCCAGAACCAACAUGUACUCAGCUGAGGAGCAGGACGAUCCUGUGACCAACGCCAACCGCUACGUGUUGGCUGACAUCACGAGCUUUUUCACGCUGCUGGUCGGCAUCUAUUUCCCCUCAGUGACAGGAAUUAUGGCCGGCUCCAACCGUUCUGGAGACCUGCGUGAUGCUCAGAAGUCCAUCCCCAUUGGAACCAUUGCAGCCAUCACCACCACGUCCUUCGUCUACAUGUCCAGUGUAAUUCUGUUCGGUGCUUGCAUUGAAGGAGUCGUCCUCAGAGACAAGUUUGGAGAAGGGGUGCAUGGAAACCUGGUGAUUGGCACUUUAGCCUGGCCGUCACCCUGGGUGAUUGUGAUUGGCUCCUUUUUCUCAACGUGUGGGGCGGGGCUUCAGAGUCUGACUGGAGCGCCACGUCUCCUGCAGGCCAUCGCCAAAGACAGCAUCGUUCCAGCUCUACGGAUCUUCGGCCACGGAAAGGCCAACGGAGAACCCACAUGGUCCCUCCUGCUGACAGCCUGUAUCUGUGAAAGCGGCAUCCUGAUCGCCUCGCUGGACUCGGUGGCUCCAAUCCUCUCCAUGUUCUUCCUGAUGUGCUACAUGUUUGUGAACCUGGCCUGCGCCCUGCAGACGCUGCUGAGGACUCCGAAUUGGAGACCUCGCUUCAAGUUCUACCACUGGACCCUGUCCUUCCUGGGGAUGAGCUUGUGUCUCACACUCAUGUUCAUCUGCUCCUGGUACUAUGCCAUCGUCGCCAUGGUGAUCGCUGGUUCUAUCUACAAGUAUAUUGAGUUUGCAGGUGCGGAGAAAGAGUGGGGUGAUGGGAUACGAGGUAUGUCCAUGAGUGCUGCUCGUUUCGCCCUCAUGCGCUUGGAGGAAGGUCCACCUCACACCAAGAACUGGAGGCCUCAGUUGCUGGUUCUGGUGAGCACAGAUGCUGAGCAGAAUGUGGAGCAGCCUCGUCUGCUCUCUCUGACCAAUCAGCUGAAGGCGGGGAAAGGGCUGACCAUCGUUGGCACAGCCCUGGAGGGAACCUACCUGGAGAACAUCGAUCAUGCUCAGCGUACAGAGCAGGCUCUACGUAAGCUGAUGGAGACAGAGAAGGUGAAAGGCUUCUGUCAGGUGACCGUGUCCUCAAAUCUGCGUGACGCAACAUCUCACCUCCUCCAGGCCAGUGGGCUGGGAGGACUGAAACAUAAUGCUGUGCUGGUCUCCUGGCCUCGCAACUGGAAACAGGGAGAUGAACACCAGACCUGGAGGAACUUCAUAGAGCUGGUCAGAGAAACCACAGCUGCGUCCUUGGCUCUGCUCGUCCCAAAGAACAUCUCAGCUUUCCCGUCCAACGGCGAGCGCUUCACAGAGGGUCACAUUGACGUGUGGUGGAUCGUCCAUGACGGAGGCAUGCUGAUGCUGCUGCCCUUCCUCCUCCGUCAACACAAGGUUUGGAGGAAGUGCAAGAUGCGCAUCUUCACCGUCGCCCAAAUGGACGACAACAGCAUUCAGAUGAAGAAGGACCUGACCACAUUCCUCUACCAUCUCCGUAUUGAUGCCAUGGUGGAAGUUGUGGAAAUGCAUGACAGUGACAUCUCAGCCUAUACCUACGAGAAGACCCUGGUGAUGGAACAACGGUCGCAGAUGCUCAAACAGAUCAACUUGACCAAGACCGAGCGGGAGAGGGAGAUCCAGAGCAUCACCGAUUCAUCCCGUGGGUCCAUUCGCCGUAAGAACCCGGCGGCUGUGAACACACAGCUGAGUGUUACCGAAGAUCCACCAGCAGCCAGCAAGGAGGAGAAGCCUGAGGAGGAGGUAGGUGUAAACCAAAUGUCUGAAACUCAAACUUGCAGAGAAAACUGUUUGUGUAAUGUUAUGUUUUAUAGUUACCUUUGUUAAGGACCUUUUCUUUUUUAAAGAUAUUUGCUUAUGCACACAGUCAUAUAUACAAAAAAAAAAAUACCCCCCCGCCCAAAAAAACCAUAAAGAUAAGAAUGUAGAAGAAGCUAAUUAAAGUAAGUUACAGAGUUCAUGCCUCAUUUCUACUUAAAAAUGUCACAUUUUCCGAAAAGGUAGCUAACGAAUUUUAGAG